AGAAGUGUGACUGUGACUGACUGUGAGAGGAACAGCUGCAAAAAGUAAACAACCACCAGGUUCGUGUGUUGCUGAGUUUGAUUUUCGUGCUUCCAUGAUGGCUGUGAGAGGCAAGGAUGGGCGCUUCUACUACAUUCUGAAAGAGUUUUCUUAUGAUGCCUUUGACAAAUCAGGUCGAAUGAGCAUAUGGAAACUUUCAAAGGUUUUUGAAGGGCUGCGGGCUUCUGUAAAUCUACACAUCCUACCGAGACAUGUGUUUGGAAAAAUUUUAUUAUUUGUCCGAGCUCAACAGUUCACAAUUUAUCCCAAAUUUUACACAAAGAUAACGCAGAAUCGGGCUGUGAAUCUGGUAACAAGUCAUAGCCACAUUGGAAGGACCUCAUUUUCUGCUGUUGAAGAGUUAGUUGAUGUGCUGACUGACGAAGUACUCGCCCAGGGAAGAUAUCACUGUGUUGUAGUGUCUGCGGAGACUCGUCGCCCAAUACCCGUUCCUUCUGAAAUAGCCAACUCCAUUCAAGUGAUACAACCCUCAGAUGGAGAGCACCCUCUUCGCGACCCAAAGUUUGUAGAAAAGUUGCCAAAAUGUUUCUCAAACGCGAGAACUGUGAUGCCAAGCGACACAGACCCCAACAAGCACUUAAAUGCGUCAGACUAUUUGCGCUAUGGUUUUGACUGUGUCAGUAUGGCAGCAGUUAAUGGCACAUUGUCCGCCUUCCGUGAUGACAUGGCCUACUCCAAUACAAAACAGGUGUGGAUAAGGUACCUCUCAGAGGCAGUGGUAGGGGAGGAGAUUAGGACCUCUUGCUGGGAGGAUGGUAACAACCCCCAUCUUAUCUGGGUGGAAUUCACCAAGGGGUCAGAGGUCAUUUGUCAAUGCCAUUUUGAGUAUUACAAAGAAAACAUGAAAAUCACACAGGAACCCCUUCCGAGUCCCAAACUAUAAAACAAUUUCCUCCAUGUAUACACUGACUAAUAGUGGCAAGUUCCACAAUUAAUUAUAGUUAAAAACUGGAUUUCUUUGGAAAGAACAGGUUAUUUUGUGCAGAUUAAACCAUUGCUCUAUUAUUAACCUUAGUGUAGAUCCAUCAUCCCCCACCCUAUUUUAUUUUCCUCUACUUUGCAAGUUUACUGUCGUGUUUAAAUUUUAAUUGAAGUUGAAAACUUCAUCGUUUUAGUGUGUGUUGCUUAAAGGCAGUGGACACUAUUGGUAAUUGUCAAAGACUAUAGCCUUCACAGUUGGUGUAUCUCAACAUAU